AGAAUUAAUAAAUUUUCAUUUUCAAUAUUUAUACAUAUUUUAUGUCCCUAGCCCAUUCCAUUAAUUUCAAGCCAUGGAUACUCCUCCUUUGCACAUAGCCAUGUUUCCAUGGUUUGCUAUGGGUCACCUAACUCCAUUUCUUCACCUCUCUAACAAAUUAGCACAAAGAGGACACAAAAUCUCAUUCUUCAUCCCCAAAAAAACACAAACCAAGUUACAACAUCUCAACCUUCAUCCACAUCUUAUAACAUUUUUCACUAUCAAUGUUCCUCAUGUUGAUGGUCUUCCUUAUGGUGCUGAAACAACUUCAGAUGUUCCCUUUUCUUUGUUCCCUCUUAUUGCUACAGCCAUGGAUCAAACUGACAAAGAUAUUGAACUUCUUCUAAAGGAACUAAAGCCACAAAUAGUUUUCUUUGAUUUCCAACAUUGGCUCCCUAACUUGACAAAAAAACAUGGCAUCAAAAGUCUCCAAUACUUGAUAUGGAAUCCAAUAUCAACAGCUUACCUUGGAACUGGACCAAGACAAAGUCAAGGAAGAGAAUUGAAUGAAGUUGAUCUAAUGAAACCACCUUCAGGCUUCCCUGAUACAUGCAUCAACUUGCAUUCACACGAACUUCGAUUCCUAGUUUCAUCAAGGAAACUAGAGUUUGGCAGUGGUAUUUUAUUGUACGAUCGCGUCGAUUUAGGCGCAAGAUUGGCAGAUGUAAUUGCUUUCAAAGGUUGCAAAGAAAUCGAUGGACCAUAUGUUGAAUAUCUUGGAAGCGUUUUUGGAAAAUCGGUUCUGCUUUCAGGUCCUAUUUUACCUGAGCCACCCAUGUCUACUUUGGAGGAAAAAUGGGUAUCAUGGCUUAAUGGAUUCAAACAAGGUUCUGUAGUUUAUUGUGCAUAUGGAAGUGAAAGUGCAUUAGAACAUAAUCAAUUCAAAGAGUUGUUGCUUGGUCUUGAGUUAACAGGUUUUCCAUUUCUUGCGGCUCUAAAGCCUCCAGUUGGAUUUGAGUCUAUUGAAGAGGCUCUCCCUCAAGGGUUCAAUGAAAGGGUCAAAGGAAGAGGAAUUGCAUAUGGAGGUUGGGUGCAACAACAAUUGAUUUUAGGACAUACUUCCAUUGGGUGUUUCAUAACACAUUGUGGAGCUGCUUCUAUAACUGAGGGACUCGUUAAUACGUGUCAGUUGGUGUUGUUGCCGCGUUUAGGCAGUGAUCAUAUAAUGAAUGCAAGGAUGAUGAGUGCAAAGUUGAAAGUUGGUGUGGAAAUUGAGAAAGGUGAAGAAGAUGGAUUGUUUACAAAAGAAAGUGUGUGUAAGGCUGUGAACAUUGUCAUGGAUGAAGAGAAUGAGCUUGGAAGAGAAGUUAGAGCAAAUCAUGCAAAAUUGAGAAACUUUCUCCUUUGCAACAAUUUAGAAUCUUCAAGUGUUGAUAGUUUCUGUCAAGAACUUUAUGAUUUGCUCUAGCAUCUUUACUUACUAUGUUAUAGAAAAGUAUAAAGUGUUAAAUAUAAAAAUAAAAGGGAUAUUUCGUGAA